UUAAAGCUGUUCUCUUAUAUCUCCAGCACGUGCUCUGUUUUCUGCACAUUAAUCUGCGUCUGCAUCCUACGUUCCCUGUAAGUAAAGCACGGCUCCUAAGGUAUUUGUUUGGUGUCGGAGUUUACGCGUGUUGAAGAAGAACAUUUAUCCAUAACAUCAAAGACGUAGUUCUGAAGUUUUCAUAACAGCUCAGCUCAAAAAUGUACUCCAACGGCACCAUUGUCCCAAGCUGUCCUAUUCCAAGUCGAGUGGUCCACCCAGAGAACUGGACACAGCUGCCUGAGCCUUUGGGUCAGACUCCCGGAGGAACUCUCUUCUCCACGACACCUGGAGGAACCAGAAUUAUCUACGACAGGAAGUUCCUGCUGCACUGUAGGAGCUCUCCGUUGGCACGCACCCCUCCCUCCAGUUUACCCCAGAUACCUGGGGUCACCAUGCCCACGCAGCACCCCAUGGGGAAACUGGAAGAACAGGACGAGAGCGGCAAAGACGUCGCAGCUGAUGACAGCCAGUUUGUGAUGGACAUGUGAGCUGGCCAGGCUGUUUCCAACAUACACGGGAGAAAACACAAGUUGUUCAACCCCCUGAGAGAAUUCUUGUCUGGAUAUCCUCUUCUUUGAAUUCCAGUGGAGAAAACACACAGUGAGAUGGAUUGAGUUGAAAUCCACAUAGCAACAGAUUUUAACAAUUGAAAUUUGAUGUCGAUAGGUCAGAUUGCUAUCUGUAAGAUGGAAGCAUUAAUACCUUGCUGUGGUUUGAAGAUGUCCCUCUUAAGCUUUAAAAUGGUGUUGGCUGCAACCUUUUCCUUGUGCCAGUAGGAUUAAUGUACAGGUAUGAUGGUGUGGUUUGAGGUGAGUUGCAGAUGUUACGGUGUAAUUUUAUGUGAACCACAGUAAGGAGGAUGGAGGCUGUGUCAGUCUUCUGUGUUACAAGAGCUAUGGGAGUUUAUACACCCUGUUACUCUAUUUGUUUUUUCUAUUUGUUUGUACACUGAGUAAUAAAAUAUUGAAUAAUAAAAAGCACAAUUAUAAUA